UCCUUACAGGUUAGAAAUCGCAUCAGUACCUACUUUUUAUGACUUCUGUAAAUACUGCUGUUGCCGCUGCCAUAUCUUGACUUGUUGUUCUUGUUUUCUGUCACCAUAUUUCUCUUAUUCCGAGCAUGACACCUGAUCCUGAAAUGUUAAAAAUGUUGAAAGAAAUGAAGCAGGAAAUUCGGGACAUGCGCGCUUCUCUGGAACGGGAAUUUAGAAAGGAAAACAGAGACGUAAAAGCUAGCAUGGAACUGAUUAACCAAUGUUUCGAAGAAAUGAAAGCUAGCAUGAUAGCCAUCCAAAAGGAAAACGCAGAUAUUAAGGUUCAGAAUGCUUGUCUUCUGUCUGAGUGUGCACUCCUUAAAGAGCAGGCGAAAGCGAAUGAACUAAGAAUGGUACAACUAGAACAAUACUCAAGAAACAAAAACCUAGAAAUCAAAGGUAUUCCAGUUUCGCAAGAUGAAAAUCUCCCGGGGAUUUUGCAAAACAUUGGCCAUGCUGUCGCUGAAUCAAUUACACAGGACGAUGUUGAAGUAUGCCACAGGAUUCCAACGAAAGGCUCAUCGCAGCCACACAUUCUUGUACAGUUUUACAGCAGAUCGAAACGCGAUGCAGUUUUGGAAAAGGCUAGAAAGAAAAGAUUUUCAACAGCUGAUAUUGGUUUCGCACAGUCUGCCCCAGUAUACAUAAACGAGCAUUUAUGUUUCGAACUAAAGAAGCUGCUGGGCAUGACGAUUGCGAAAAAGAAAGAAAAAAAUUGGCGUUUUGCAUGGACAAGAGACGGCAAAGUUUUCGCGAGAAAAACUGAGUCUUCCCGAGCAAUGCGUAUAGCUUGCAUCUCGGAUCUUGAUAAGAUCGACUAGUAAAAGGAUGUUUUCUUUCAACGACGUCAUACCUACUAACACCUCUUUUCCUACUUUUCACUCACCUUGCGAAAUAGGCAACUUAUAUGCAAAAAACAAGAAUUCAUUAUCUUUCAUUCAUAUUAACGCACAAUCAGCCAGAAAUAAGGAAGAUCAAAUUGUUGCUCUCACUGCCUCGUUUGGUUUCACCCCAGAUGUGCUCAUGAUAAGCGAAACCUGGUAUAAAAAUGAAAUAGAUGUGCUUAGGUUGCCCGGUUAUAAAUCAUUCUUUGUAAAUAGACCCUCUCGAA